AUGCCGCCACCAUCGAAUCAGCGAGCGCAUGUUGAACCGCCCGAGCAGGUCACGACGGAGGCGGUCAAGGGAUUUGCUGUAGGCGCAUUACGGUUUGGCUCCAUGUCCAUUCUCGCACACAUGAUACUGAUCAUGCCUCAUCCGUUUACAUUCAAUAACGCUGCACCGCCUGCCUCCGAAGCAGGCCGAGCAGCAUCGUCUCGCUUUUCGUCUGCUGGCAUUCGAAACAAUCUAUUCUACCGACCGCUCUCGUCACUAUCGGAGAGCAUAGGCCCGUUGUCGCGCGUUUACCGCGGAUUGACACCGCAAUUCAAGACGUUUCUCCAGAUUGCGGCCAUGACGCUCGGCGGAAGCAUCUGGGCUGAGCGGCGAGUGAACGAGUAUCUCAAUGCGCUCCGGAGACUGCGACGGGCAGAAAGGAGAGCCGAGCAGUAG